AUGGCAGGGCUUUCCAGGAUCCGACCUGGCUUCCGGCGAACUGAAACAGACGACGCCACCACUUCUGUACAGACGGUGCCGCUCGAUUCUAUCGCGACAGACCAGAAACAGCCUGCCACAACCAGUGCAGAAGAUGCUGCUACAAAUGAUAGUAUUGCGGAAGCUCUAACGAAGCUGCCCAUCCAGAAUGCUCAGCGAGGUGUACAAGAUGUCGAAGCGGUGACCUUGACCUGGUCAAAGCAAUCUCUGAUCGCGAUCUUCAUCCUCAUGUGGCUGCUCUACUUUGUCAAUGCGUUCCAAUCCUCGAUUCUGUACAAUUUGGUCCCCUUCGCGACAAGCUCUUUCGAGACGCACUCGUUACUGACGGUCAUCUACAUUGUCUCGAACGCCAUGAGUGCCGCAGUCUACAUCCCCCUCGCGAAAAUGCUUGAUAUCUGGGGUCGAGCUGAAGGGUUCCUGCUGAUGAUCGCCUUUGCCACCUUGGGGCUAAUCCUUAUGGCUGCCGGAACUGGUCUUUCGACAUUUUGCGCAGCGCAAGUGUUCUAUUCAAUCGGGUUCGGAGGCAUGAUCUACAGCAUCGAUGUCAUCACGGCCGACGCAUCGAAGUUGAAGAACCGCGGUCUCGCCUACGCUUUUACAAGCUCUCCUUAUAUGAUUACAGCAUUCGCUGGUCCCAAGGCUUCGGACGACUUCUAUUACAAUAUCAGCUGGCGCUGGGGCUUCGGUUGCUUUUCCAUCAUCUUGCCGUUCGUGGCGGCACCACUGUAUUUUGUCUUGAAGAUCAAUCUGCGAAAGGCGCAAAAGCAGGGUCUGUUGUUACGGGAGAAGAGCGGCCGGACUUUGGUGCAGAACGUUUGGUAUUAUAUCCAGGAGUUUGAUGCUGCUGGUGUGUUUCUCUUCGCGUCUGGCUUGACUGUCUUCCUUUUGCCUUUCACCCUGGCGGAUACGGCGCCGCAUGGUUGGAGCACAGGCUACAUCAUCGCCAUGAUCGUGGUCGGCUUUGUCACUCUCGUCCUUUUCGGUCUCUACGAAACGUACCUUGCAAAAGCGCCAUUCCUGAACGUCAACCUGUUAGCGAACCGGACCGUCGUCGGCGCCUGUCUCCUCGACGUAACGUACCAGAUCUCCUAUUACUGCUGGGCCAGUUACUUCACGUCUUUCUUACAGGUGGUUAACAAUCUCUCGCUGGCCGAAGCCGGCUAUGUGGCCAGCACAUUUGACGUGGUCUCUGGUUUCGUCCUGCUGUUUGUCGGCAUCCUGAUCCGCAAGACAGGCUACUUCAAAUGGUUGCUCUUCGUUGCUGUGCCGUUGUAUAUCCUUGCUCAGGGCUUGAUGAUCUACUUCCGCCGUCCAAAUCAGGGUGUCGGAUACCUAGUCAUGUGCCAGGUCCUCAUCAGCAUCGGGGGAGCUAUAUUUAUCAUUGUCCAACAGGUUGCCGUCCUGGCUGCAGCAGACCAUCAACAUGUCGCGGCAGUGCUUGCCCUCUUAUAUGUUGUCGGCAACGUCGGUGGUGCUGUGGGCAAUACCAUCUCCGGCACGAUAUGGACCAACACGUUCUACAAGGCUCUGGAGAGGCACGUGCCGAAUGUCAGUCUGACCGAACUGGAAGAUAUAUAUAACAGCUUGGAUGUGCAGCUCAGCUAUGCGGUCGGCAGUCCCGAGAGGAGAGGCAUUCAAGAGGCUUAUGGAUAUGCGCAGACAAGGAUGCUGGCCGCCGGCACAGGGAUUAUGGGCCUGUCGCUGGUGUGGAUGUUCGUGAUCAAGAACAUCAAUGUUGCUCGGAUCGAGCAAGUCAGGGGCACUGUCUUCUAG